CUGCCUUCCCAUCCCACCUCCUCCGCCGCCGCGGGUGGCAGAAACGAGUACGACACCACCAACUCCACUCCCCGCCUGUCGCCACUCCGCUCUCCCCUCCUCCCCUUCCCUCUUCCGGACCCCCCCUCCUCGUCACCGCCCCACUACACACCCCUGUUCCAAGACGCAACCACCGGCGCCGGCGACCGACGAUGCUCCGCGCCGUCCUCCUCCGCUCAGCCUCCGGCCUCCGCCGGUCGCCGAUGGCCGCCCCGCUAUCCACCGCCGCCGCCUCGUGGCUCGCUGAGGGGGCCUCGUCGUCGCCGCCCAGGGUGCGCCUCCUCAUCGGCGGCGACUUCGUCGAGUCCAAGGCCACUGAGCACGUCGACGUCACCAACCCCGCGACGCAGGAGGUGGUGUCCCGGAUCCCGCUCACCACCGCCGACGAGUUCAGGGCCGCCGUGGACGCUGCCAGGACCGCCUUCCCUGGCUGGCGGAGCACGCCGGUCACGGCGCGGCAGCGCAUCAUGUUCAAAUACCAGGAGCUCAUCCGGGCCAACAUGGAUAAGCUGGCAGAGAACAUUACAACCGAGCAGGGAAAGACGCUGAAAGAUGCUUGGGGUGAUGUAUUCCGUGGUCUAGAGGUGGUGGAGCAUGCUUGUGGAAUGGGGUCACUGCAAAUGGGCGAAUAUUUAUCCAACGUUUCUCAUGGGAUUGACACCUUUAGCAUUAGGGAGCCACUUGGAGUAUGUGCUGGGAUUUGCCCAUUCAAUUUCCCUGCCAUGAUUCCCCUAUGGAUGUUCCCCAUAGCUGUUACUUGUGGCAAUACUUUUGUUCUAAAGCCAUCAGAAAAGGAUCCAGGGGCUGCUAUGAUGCUUGCGGAGCUAGCAAUGGAGGCUGGUUUACCGAAGGGUGUGUUGAACAUUGUUCAUGGUACCCAUGAUGUUGUCAACAACAUUUGUGACGAGGAGGCUAUUAAGGCAGUAUCUUUUGUUGGUUCCAAUACAGCAGGUAUGCAUAUAUAUUCUAGAGCAUCUGCGAGUGGGAAGCGUGUUCAGUGUAACAUGGGUGCAAAGAAUCAUGCCAUUAUCCUUCCUGAUGCUGAUCGAGAUGCUACAUUGAAUGCCCUUAUUGCUGCCGGUUUUGGUGCAGCCGGGCAAAGGUGCAUGGCAUUGAGCACUGCUGUUUUCGUUGGAGGUUCAGAACCAUGGGAAGAUGAACUAGUCAAACGUGCAAGCAGUCUUGUAGUUAAUUCUGGAACAGCUAAUGAUGCAGACCUUGGUCCAGUGAUCAGUAGACAGGCCAAGGACCGCAUCUGCAAGUUAGUCCAAAGUGGUGUUGACAGUGGCGCUCGGAUUGUGCUGGAUGGGAGGGAGAUUGUGGUUCCUCAAUUCGAGGAUGGCAACUUUGUUGGUCCAACUGUGUUGGCUGAUGUUAAAAGUGAUAUGGAGUGUUACAAGGAGGAAAUUUUUGGUCCAGUUCUUCUCUUGAUGAAGGCAGAGAGCCUAGAUGAUGCCAUACAAAUUGUGAACAGAAACAAGUAUGGCAAUGGGGCUUCCAUCUUUACCACAUCUGGUGUCUCAGCAAGGAAAUUUCAGACAGACAUUGAAGCUGGCCAGGUGGGCAUCAACGUGCCGAUCCCAGUACCCCUACCAUUCUUCUCCUUCACGGGUAGCAAAGCUUCCUUCGCAGGAGACUUGAAUUUCUACGGCAAGGCGGGCGUGCAGUUCUUCACCCAGAUCAAGACCAUCACACAGCAGUGGAAGGAGCCGUCUGCGCAGCGCGUUUCCCUCUCCAUGCCCACCUCUGCACAAGUGAAGUGACCCGAGCUACCUCAUGUAUGUGGACAUAUUUGAUGUGGAAUUUAAGCUUCACCGGAGUUGCCUUUCACUCUGGGUAACUCUUGUGAUGUCUUUCACUGAACUGCCGAUAAUAAGAAAAUCCCUGAUUAGACGACCGAA